AUGCAUCAAUCAUCAUCGAGAUACUUACGCAUGACAGAAGAUAAGCGGUUGUUUGCCAGGGAUUUCAUGCACCUGUUCUCUACACUUAUAGUCAGUUUGAAGUUGAAUUCGCAUCGCGUUCAUUUUAUGAGAUACCACCAUACGUUUACUUCGGAAGAGGCCAUCGAAAAAUUGGUAUCGCUCAAGUUCUCACAGUCGAAUUGGAUGCCGGACCCAAAAGAUACAUCCCGGGCCGUGACCACUAUCACUACCACCACCUUCUUAAUGGACGAGGGAAUGGCUCAUUCGGUUUUCCAACGAUUCAUUGACGCGCGGCUUGUCAAGGCUGUUCAUGGAAGUGGUAUCCAUAUUUUUCCGCUUAAAGGAUCCCUUUACCAGAUUACCCCAAAAGGGCUGAGCAUCCUGCAGGGUUUCUGCCAGCGUAACGGAAUCGAAGCUCAUCCCAUGAUGCUAGCGAUGAAGUCGUCCUACAACAUCGUUCAACUGAUGAACAUGGAGCGUAGUUGGGAGACAGACAAGCUCGAGCAUGGCACAACUGCAAUCGAAGUGAUAUUCUGUCGAUUUGUUAGGAAUAACGAGUCGGAAAUCAGGAGAGACACACUAACCUCCGGUGAGCACUCGUCAAAUGGCCACUCCGACGAUCUAGUUGGAAAGCAUACCGCCGCGAAGCGAGGCCCGCAGCAUGGCAACGUUCACAGUCACACAUUUAACGGAGCUAUGGUAGUGGACUGGCUGUUGAAUUGGUCGACGACAAUUGAUCUUCAGGAAGCCUAUUCCGUUGCUGAGUUGUUUGUCCAAUACAACUUGAUUAUGAUGGUCAAGGGCGACAGGGCUCUCCACGACCGAGCCAAUGUGGCUUUCCAGCCUUCCAAGUAG